CGUCCCCUCCGCCGCACGCGCUCCUCCGCCGCCGCCGCGCACGCUCCUACACCGCCGCCGGACGGGUCGGAUCCAUGGCCCCUUCAUCGAGCGUCGGAUGCCUGGGAGGGGUAGCGGCGGUCACUGUGGCCGCUGGCGGGAUCCUCGAACAAGUGGCGAAGGCAAUUCUCUACAUCAUCAACCGCAGGGAGAUCGCCUGCCUGGAGUGUGGUAAGUUGAAGCAGCCCGAGAAGAUGCAGAGACACUUCGACAAGCAUCGUGCAAGGGAUGCGGACAGGUCAGAGGCCGAGAAGGCCGCACUGAAGGCCGAGUACGAUCGCAAGCUCGCCGAACAGCAGCUAAAGAUGGAAGAGCUCAGGAGCAUGGAGAGACAGGAUAUGUGGGUACAUCUCACCUCGUUCCUCGACUACCAGGCACGAUGCCAGAGAGACUGGUUUGAGCAGGCCAAGGCCAAGGAAAGGGACCAGAAGAAAGCUCUGGCUCUGGAGGAACACAUCAGCAACGCGGAAACAGGGAAGAGACGCUGCAAGGGGAGCAGGGGCCACCCAUACUGAGUGUGCCUAGGUAACUAUUCCUUUGGACAAGUCAAUCAAACAAACAAUUGAUGUGAUUAACAUAUGCAUGUGCCAGCAUUCAUACUACUGUUUUGCAGCAGCCCCCAUUUUACAAGGAACAUCAGUCGAAAUGUACAUCUCAGUUUACACUUCAAAACUCCAGCAGCUCAGUUUUUGGAAAAGAAGUCAUGUCCUUCCGGUAGGAUAGGAUAAAUUGUGACUGACAUCUUGAGAGAUGCGCCUAGUUAGUCAUAAAACCUGCAUAUUUCAUUCCAAAUAAGAUACAUGAGAUGCACACAAUUGCAUAUUAGUCUACUUUCAAGCUAGAAGGAUUUUCAACAAAUGCUAAUCUCCAUACUACUGUUGCCAGCAUGUUUGAAUUUGGCUUUGCCGAUUAAAACAUCACUUACACAUCAUAAUGUUUACUAGGCAGUGAUUCUCAAGCAGGUGCAAGGACACAUAUAUUAUCCUCCUUUACCUCAGAAGUAAACUGUCCCGAAUUAAUUGACUCGGGUUUGUCUAGAUGCGCCGAUGUAUCCAGACAGAUCCAAGUCAACUUAACUAGGGAUGGAAGGAGUAGAAUUUAUUUCUCCUUGGUCUUUUUGCAAGCCAUAAAGGCGCCUAAAAUUGCUUACCGCUAGGCAGUGGGCCACUCAAAGGUGUGGCUGCCAUGUCUUUUGUUGGCAUGGAAAUUUGUUUAUUGUGUCAAUACAUUUGAACAUGCCUAACAACUGAUGCUUAUUUAUCUACACCAUAACCAUUUUAACUUGUUCAAUAAUGUUGUGAAACAUGCUGCAUGCUCAUGGCUCAAACUUGUUUCUAAGGAAAUGCCUCUUUCUUAAACAGGUUCAACUGAAUGUCCUAGCUAGGAAAUAAUUACUAUCGCUUGUCUUUCAAAAUGAACGACGUGUCUCGAUACAUCCAUGCAAACUUGUCUUGAAUGUCCCAAAAUUACCUUUCUACCUUUGCUUUGUUAAUAAAUUGCUCAAUCAUGGUAACAUAGUAUUUUUAUAUUGUUGUCUAACAAUUUGAUGCAAAGCAUGACAUAUUCAUAGCACAAUGUUGUUUAUAAGGACAGAUGCCUCUUUGCUAAACCGGGGCUAUUCACAGCACACUGAUGCUUUCCUUUACCUCUCUAAUAAUUACUACCGCUAGGCAGUGGACCACUCAAUAGUGUGGCUGGUAUGUGUUUUGUUGGCCUUUUGAUUGUGUCAAUAUAUUUGAAUAUGCCUAUCAUAUGCUCAUAUAUUUGAAUAUGCCUAACAAUAUAUUAUGGCCUUUUAAUAAUGUUGUAGCACAAACUCUUCUAGGGAAAGAAAGAUGUCUCUUUGCUAAACUGGUACUGUUGAGAUGAUAAGAUCAGUCAU